AUGGAUUACACUGCUCGGCUGCCUGUAGAAACCAUUUGCCAGGUGCUCAUAUGCGCUCAGGACGCGGAUCCCGUUCCUUCAAUCAAGGCCAUGGAGGAAUGGGCCAAGGAUAAUCGUGUUGAUGCACAAAAUUCUCGGAAUCACCUCACACGUCGUUUGGCCUGGGUCAAUACGACGCACGUCUGUGCCCGCUGGCGCGCCGUGGCAUUUGCUACAUCCAGCCUUUGGAGUGAAAUGCCGAUCGUCCUUGGCCCUCACUGGGUGAAGGAAUUCGUCGCGCGAGGCCAAUCCGGGCCUAUAACGGUUCAUUGGGAAUCAGUGCGGAGGAUCACCGCGUCAGGCGACAAAGGGCCCUUUCGCAUGUUGCCCGAAGAGAACUUCUUGUUGUCUUGCCACGAAAGAGUGCGCAAUCUGGUUGUUGUGCUCGGCGUCGACUCCCUCCCCCGCGGCUCGUGGCCUAUGCUCGAAGAUCUGACUUACACUCUUACGAUGCGCGUGGUGAAUAGACGCUAUCGUCCGCCCGUAAUGGAUGUCUCUAUGUUCGACGGCGAUCUCCCCCGUCUUCGCUCUUUGACCUGGGAUCGAAUCCCUUCGAGUAUCUUUCCAUGGGGGGCACAGUGUAUACGGCAUCUUACCCGUCUAUCUAUGUUAUUUGACGAUAACAGUAUCGUGACCGAUAACUUGAACCAGUUCCUGAAUAUGCUCGAAGGCAUGAUGCAUCUGCAAGAUCUGCGUCUCCGUGCAAGAACCAGUACCUGGCCAGAGGCCGGUGCGAUCGUCUCAAACACUCCUGCCGGACGGACAGUGUCUAUACCUCUCAAAGUCCUGGCUCUGGCGGCCACUCUUCCCAUAUUAACCGAGCUCAUGAAACAUAUCAUCCCACCGCCCACUGUCCGAGUCCUCGUGCGCGUUAUCGCACGGAACGUCACGUCAUUAUCUUCAAACGCGAUGCAGGGCGUGCUAUCUUUGUGUCGGAAAGCUCGAGGGUGGCUUGAGAUGUCGCUCUCUUCUUCGCCGUUUAUCACAGCCGAGGUCAUUGAGCUUCGGCACGAGGCCGAAACGCAGAUUCGCUUCUCUCGUUCACCUGCCUUUCCCGCAUCUAUCGCUACAAUUCUGGAGACGAAAGGUUGGGACCACGCUAUAGAAGACACCCACCUUGAUGUUGCGAUCAGCCUUUAUCUCCACAACAUCGCUGCUUAUGGCGACAUAGUAACCGCAUUGGUCCACGAAAUGGCGCCGCAGGGAAUCAGAGCGUUGUCUAUGGACUUCUAUGAACCGAGGGCGUUCUCUUCGUUCAUACCUCACAUGAUGCACCAUGCUGUGUACCGCGAUGUGCAGUGCCUGCGCUUAUUCUCCGACAAUGCCCCCGUUUAUCUCGGGGAUAUGAUACAUUCUUUGAAUACGACCUAUCUCGUCCCCCUCCCCGCCACCAAGAUCCUGGCAAUACAUCCAUCGGGUCUAGCGUCCAUCGCCAAUCUCGAACCUCACGAAUCAAGAGACGGCACAGGCGGCCUCGGCGACUUCCUAAUCGCGCGUCGUGAGGCGAAUGCACCGAUACAUACCGUUUACAUCGGCGCGGUCGAAGAUGUGCAAGAUGCUUGCGCUCGACUGGUGGGAGUAGGCGAGGAUGUUGUGGCGGAGAGCCAGAUGGAUGAGCUCGUCAAUGCGUUCAACGUGCUUAAGGGAAGGUCCGAAGUGACGUUCAUAUCAAAGGACGUGCGGGCUUUGUACGCUCAGGAUAUGUGGAAGGCGGUGAUGGGUUAG